ACCAAAGUCGAUCUUCGGAUCUCGGCUCUCUGGCUUUCUCAAAAUUCGAAACAGCAAGGAAACGCAACGCAAACAGCAAAACAAAAAGCAAAACAAAGACUCUCACUCACAUAAUAUCAAACGCCAGCCAAAAACGACCCAGCAAAGAAAUUCAUUGAAUACAAACACUUCCAAGUAGAAAUCGUCAGCCCGUCUCUGCUUCGCGAGCGACACAGUGCAAAAUGAUCUUCAACCCAAAAGCUAUCACGUACCUCUCGGCCAUCCUCCUUGUGGGGCAGGUCUCCUCCACACCCGCGGCAACUCGGCGGUUGGGAGAAUCGCUCUGCAGCUACAAGGUCGAGCUUAAAUCCGGUUCCUCGGAAGCCUCCCCUCUCAAGAUCACGUUGCAGAUGGAAGAUGGUGACGAGCAUCCCAACUCAAUGGUUAUUGGGACAGACUUUGGAAGCCACUACUUGGACUUUAACGAUGUCAAGUGUGGAAAUGUAAAGGGUUUGGGAAUCGUCCAGGAAAGUGAUACCUUGACUGAAAUCGUAGCAAUCAAAGUACACAAGGACGGAAGCUAUGUGUAUGGCGACUAUUGCUUCUCUAAGGCUAAAUGCGGUCAGUUGAGAUUGACAAACUUAGACGCAUGCGGCUCGGCUUCCGCAGGUGGUGUGAAGCUGGGCAAAGGAGAUAUGUUGCAGUCCUUCCGAGAUGGUUCGGAGGAGUGCUCUGGGGGACCGUGCGAUGAACAAGAACGAGCCAAGAUCACUUCUGAGAACAAGUGUUUUGAUUUCCUUCCCACUUCCAACUUGGCCCCAGAUAAUGUCACUAGUUCCGACGAUGAAUGCCAAUCCGCGCCCAUUGCUUGUGUGAGUGAUGAUCCCAAUGAAACAGCCUCGUGCGAUCCAGCGACUGGGUGCGUCUUCACAUGUGAAACUACGGAUUUGUGCACCAAGAAAUUCUAUAACGACGAGGGAAAAUGUAUGUCUGAACCCGUCGUGUGCGAUGAUUCCGAUCCCCGUACGCUGGACACCUGCGAUCCAGAGAAGGGUUGCGUCCAUUCCUGUGUAUCUCCGGACGAUCUCUGCAAGGUGCCUCACUUGGAUGACGACAUGAAGUGCCAGUUCAAAGAGCGAGUUUGCGAUGAUGGAAACCCCGAAACAAUGGAUAGCUGUGACCCUGAUAUCGGUUGCGUGCACAAAUGUGGGGAUGACAACAACGCCUGCACCAUCGAGUCAUUCGACGAUAAUGGAAAGUGUGUAUCUACUCCAAUCGUUUGUGAUGAUCAGGAUCCCUUCACGCUCGAUGUCUGUGACCCGGCAAGCGGAUGUAUGUUCCUUCCUUUGAACGAGGACCUGGAGGACGAGCUCGACAACCUUGCUCUCGACAAGGAGAUCUUUGUAUACGAGGAUAAACCUACACUCUCUGAAGAGGACGAGAGAGCGAUCCUUCUCUGGCUCAAGACCGAAAUGAAUCAGAAAAACACCCCAUUCUGCUGGAAACGCUCGUAUGGUCGCGGCGUGGGCAAAGUACUCACCGAGUGUCCAGAGGGAAAAGAGCGCGUGGGGGCACUGUGCUAUUCUAAGUGUCCUGCAGGGUACAGCCGCCAAGGAACCCUGGACUGUCAACAGAACUGCAGCGAGGGAUGGAGAGAUGACGGUCUCUUCUGCAGAUUGGCAGAAUACGGUAGAGGUGCUGGAUUUGCUUGGACGUUCAGUGAUGGCUUCAGCGACCAGGGAAUGUACAGGCGCUGUGAGAGAAAACAUGGCAAGGGCAAGUGUGAGAAGUGGGGAGCAGUCGUCUACCCCAAGUGUAAAGAGGGAUAUGAGCCAAGGGGAUGCUGCAUCUGCGGACCAAAGAGCUUUGAUUGCAAGAAGGAGGGAUACGCCGGUGAAUUUGGAGGUUCCUGCGCAGCGAAGAUCAAGCUCGGUGACCCAACUCCUAUGAAAUGCAAACCCGGCAUGGAUGAGGAUGCUGGUCUUUGCUACAAGCAAUGCAAGAAAAAGUUCAACGCAGUCGGACCUGUCUGCUGGCAAAAGUGUGACAAAGACCAAGUUGAUUGUGGCUUUGGAUGCGCAAACUCUGCCGGCACGUGUGUCAAUGAAAUCACCGACAUGGUGUUGGCUCCACUCAUCGCUACCGCCAACGUCGCCAUCAAUUUAGCAAAGAUGGGUCUGCUACCAUCAGGCACUGGCGAGGUGAUUUCACAGGGGGUUCAAUUUGGGAUGCAGCUGGGAAGCAAAUUCUACUCUUUGCUGGACGGCACAGACUCAGGAGUCGGAAUGGCCCUCCUUCAGGUUGCAGACAAGAUUCAAAAUGUGGACUCUGACGCUAUUGGUAGCAUUGGACAGGGUCUGGACACGUCUGCUGCAUGGACAACUUUUGUUGGCGCAUUGCAGACUGGAGCAGAUGAAGUUUUGUCACGCAUCGUCAAACCUCAUUCCAAUGCAACGAUGGAUAUGUAUGCUAGCAUCAGGAGGUAUGAAGCCGAAUUUGCGGGUUCAUUUGGGGAACUGACCUCCCCUGAGAUUGAAGCCGAAAUUGAUUCGAAGCUCAGUGAGGUUGACGCCUACCGUAUCAAGCAACUCUGGGCUGACGUUCAAUUCGAGGAGAUCGCUGAGAGGGAGAAGUGGAACACAACACUCAACGAUGUGCUGUACUGGACCGACAUCAUUGAUAAUCACGUCAGUGGGAUUCUUGGAUUUGAGGUCAAAGAAAUCGUCAGCGCCUAUGCGAAGCCAAUCUGCCACGAAAUCCAUCCAUUCCCUGAGCUCGAAGGAAGGGCCGAGGAAAAGAACUAAUUGAAGCCAAAUGGCUCUCUUCCUUACAGUACACGGUGCAUGCAGGAUUGCCGAACGAAAGGCAGAACAGGCUGAACAGACUGAAGAAACGAUGUCGAACCUAAGAAAACUAGAAGUAUGAAUAAACUAUCGCGCCGCCAAUAC